AUGGCUGUCAAGCAAUCUCUUCGAGAGUACAGGAAAUCCAAGUUACUGAAAGCAGCCAAAGCGAUCGAGCAUCAGGCGCUGCAAAUGAGAUCUCAACGAUCAGAAAACUGUGAUGCUUGGACAAUAUUCUUGCGGUUUUGCUGCUCUCUGGAAGUACCGCUCUUCACACCCUUCUUGCGGAACACUUCAACCAUUACCUCAAAUUGA